AUAGCGACUCGCUAACAUGCCGGGGAAGACGUACUGCUGCGAGGUGAUCGGAGGGGCAAUCCCCAAAGGGGUUCGGGCCCGGGGCCGGGGCCGGAGCCUGAGCCCUCGGAAGGGAUCCUCGCUAACGACCUCGACGGCCUGGGACACCUCCACAGAUGAGACCUUGCCCUUCUUGGGAGGAGAACACUUGGUCGACUCCCAGCAGAGCAGCGGGACUCUUUAUGGCACGGACAGCAGCCUGGACACCUGCUGCGUUCCCGUACUGACGCCCCUAUGCUUCCUGUUGCAGCCCCCUCCUCCACCCCCCAAGCCCUGUAUAAAACUACCGGUCUACCGGCCGCCUAAAGUCCAGGAACAGGAGGCCUGGAAAUCGCUGCAGAUCCCCGAGCCCGGAGUCCCGGGCCCAGCAGGUUACCCCGAGUACAUAAAGCCUCCCGAGCGGCUGCCACGAGGCCAAUGUCUCAUCCAUAACUGGGUGGAAGAGAGAGCCACCAACGAACUGGACCGGGUCCUCGGUGACGAGAUAAACGAAGGCUUCUGCUUCCGCCAUGGACAUUUGGGACUGCUGACCCUGGAGCUAUGCUCCCCCCAGGCCUCCAAAACCACCCACAAAGAUUCCUUCCAAGACCCAGGGAAUCCUCGGAAAGCCCUCCGAGGCAGGAGAGAAGCCAUGCUGGAACUGUUUCUGCACGACCAGAUCUGGAAAGGAGUAAACCAGGAAUCGAGUCCCCCAGAGUGUUUCAAUUAUGAGUCUGUAACACACCAUGACUAUAAGAGGAAGCAGCAUCCAUCCAGGCCACCACCUCCCACUAAGCCUCGGAACCUGCAGCAACAGCCAGAGCCCUACUGCGUCCAAGAGAUUCAAGAUUUCGGGUUGUCACCAAUAUGUGGACAUGAUGUCAUCCCAUUUGGAAGAAACUGUAGUUUUCUAACAUCUGUUCCUCUAUGCAUGGACCAGCCCUUACCCUGCAGCACGGAACAGCCCUUACCCUGCAAUCCUGAGGACUGUCCUUGAUUUUGAGGUGGAAAUGGUAGUAGAAAAGCAGAAUGGGUAAGGGCAUGAAGAAAAUAAAUCACACAAAUGGCUAUUA